AUGCUGGCGCUUCUCGCGUCUAUGGGAGGAUUUAUCUUCGGUUAUGACACAGGUCAAAUUUCAGACAUUCUUCUCAUGGAGGACUUCCUUCUGCGCUUUGGAACAUGCACAACCCCAGGAGUAUCCUCUACCUGCACAUUCUCCGUCGUCCGAGAAGGUCUCAUCGUCUCUCUCCUCUCCAUCGGCACCCUCGUUGGUGCCCUCGCCGGUGCACCGACCGCUGACAAGCUUGGCCGUCGCUGGGCUAUGACGACAGAAUGCAUUGUCUUCAUCAUCGGUGUCAUCAUCCAGAUUGCGUCCGAGAACGUUUGGCAGCAGUUCGCGUUCGGUCGCUUCAUUAGUGGUCUCGGUGUUGGCUCGCUCAGUGCCGCCGUACCCAUGUAUCAAGCUGAAACUGCUCCAGCGCAAAUCCGUGGUACGCUGACCGCAACAUACCAGCUGUUCAUCACGUUCGGUAUCUUGGUUGCCUACGCCAUCUCCAUUGGUACUAGAUACGUCCCCAUGUCGGCCUCCUGGCGUAUCGUCGUCGGUAUCGGCAUCCUCUGGGCUUUGAUCCUCGGUAUUGGUAUCCAAUUCAUGCCCGAAUCUCCCAGAUGGCUCGCAGCCCAUGACCGCAUGGACGAGGCCAAAGCCUCGCUUGCAACGGUCCGCGGCUUCUCCACCGCAGAGGCUGCUGACCACCCCAUCAUCCUCCGCGAAGCCGAGGAAAUUCGGACCAACGUGACGGACUACAUGAAGAACCGUGGUGGCUGGCUCGACUGCUUCAGCCCAGCGAACAAGACGCUCUACCGCACGAUCCUGGGCAUGACGUUGCAGAGUAUACAGCAGCUCACGGGGGCCAACUACUUCUUCUACUACGGCGCGACCGUGUUCCAGUCUGUCGGUCUCCAGGACUCGUUCGUGACGCAGAUCAUCCUUGGAGCUGUCAACUUCUUCUGCACGUUUGGAGGCAUGUACAUCAUGGAAAAGUUUGGUCGUCGCACACCUCUCAUAGUAGGUGGUAUCUGGCAAUCGGCAUGGCUGUUCGUGUUCGCGUCUGCCGGAACCGCUGGGAACCCGACACAGAACCAGGGUAUUGGCAAGCUCAUGAUUGUUUCCGCUUGCAUGUUCAUUUUGGGCUAUGCCAUGACAUGGGCUCCCGGUGUAUGGAUUCUCAUCGGUGAAACAUUCCCAACCCGGACACGUGCCAAGCAGGCCAGUCUGUCGACCGCUGCCAACUGGGUUUGGAACUUCCUCCUCGCGUUCUUCACGCCCUUCAUCACGAAGGCAAUCGACUACCGCUACGGCUACGUUUUCGCGGCGUGCAACUUGACCGGUGCGGUCGUCGUCUACCUCUUCCUGUACGAAUCGUCCGACCUCACGCUCGAGGCCGUCAACAUGAUGUACACCGACCCCGACUGCAAGCCGUGGACCUCGGGCCGCUGGGCACCUCCAGGCUUCACCUCCCGCCAGGAUCUCGUCGAGCAGGCUCGGGCGGCCGAGUCGUCCAAGCCCCUCGCAUCGGGCGCGCUCGAGGAGCAGCGGAUCGAAAAGCGAUCCCACACUGACUCCGACCCGGAGCACUAA